AUGUGUGGUGUUGGUGGACCUCCAGGAACACUAGAGUGUUGUGGUUUUUGUUUUAAGGUGGAAGAUCCUCUUGGUCGUGGGGAUGAUACUGCACUCAACGGGAUUCGCCUUCACUGUGUUGAGAUUUUUCAAGGCUCCUCACACUCGUACCCCUCUGUUCAGUCAGAUGUAGGCAGCCAGGGUCGGUGGACAGAUAUCAAAUGGUGUCCUUCUGGAUUCUUGACUGCUUUUCAGCUGAGAGUCGAGAAAUCUCAAGGAGAUGGUGACGACACGGCCGCAAACAACAUCAUGUUCAAAUGCAGUGGAGGGCCUUUACUGCAGGGUGACGGCACACGCUGGGGUGAUUGGGGUCGCUGGAGUCAAACAUGUGAAGGGAAAGGGAUUUGUGGUAUCAAGACACGGCUAGAAAAGCCUCGAGGACAAGGAGACGACACCGCUCUCAAUGACGUGCGCAUGUUCUGCUGCAAUUAAGGUGUUAGAGGACGAUGACAAGAUCAGAUGGAUAAUAACUGAUCAGCAUACGAUUAUGAGCUUACAUUAACCAUGUCAUACAACAGCUAGUCAAAAUAAAGCCUGAGAUGUGAUCAUGACCUCAACACAGCGCAGAGGCUGACAGUACAUUUCACUUGUCUUAUCAGUCCAUGCAUUUCAAAUUCACAAACUCCGUACUCUACAUUAACUGUAAAGCUGUCAACCCACUUUUUUUCUGCGGGCAUAAUAUCCUGACAUCUAUUAAAAUAUCCAUUUUACUUGA